UUGCAGAAAUCUCUGACUUGGAUACCUUGGGCUUGGCACCAGACGACUUGGUUCGGUGGUAAAAUGUUGGAUGGCUGCGACUGCGUGGGUGAAUGGUUGGCGAGUUUCUUCGGUAUAACAACACCUAAAUACCAAUUCGAGAUCAACGAGUUCUACAGACUGCAAGCAUUAGAGAACGAAGCUCUUCGCAGACAGUCUUUAGAAAUGGGUGGAUGGAACGAGAGUCACAAGAACAAUCUCGUAAACGGCGUACCUUGAACUCCAUCAACAGUGCUGUUAAAUAUUUUAACAAUUGCAACUAUUUAUUUAAUUAUACACGACAAAUAUCAGUUCUAUCGUAGGCCUCUCUAUACGUUUUUAAUCGUGUAAAAGAUAGAGAAAAAUAUUUAACUAUACUUUAUUCGGUUAACGCAAAUUAUUGCAUUUCAAGUUAAAAUUAAAUCGGUUGUUCAAUAUGUAAAAAUUGUUAUACAAAUGUAAACCACCUGAAAGGUAAAAAAAUUACCUCGUAGUAUUAAAAUACUUUAUACAGACGUGAUACCAAUUACGAUAUAUAAAUCUUGUGACUUAUAUAAAUAUAA